AUGUGUAAUGUUUGUACUCGUGAGGUGGCGCCGGUGGUCGAAGCGCCGCCCGCAAAGCCAAACCGCACGUUGGAACGCAUGAAGAAGAAACACAACAUCACCACCGACCCCAACGAUGAAGAGAAGCAAAAGGAGGUCGCCUACCAGCCCGACCUCCUCGCUGUCUCCACGCAGUGCUCGAAAAUCGCCUAUGACAUCUUCAAGCAGGGUUUGGUCCGGUUGCAGGAAACGAAAGCUUUCGUUAUCGCGACAAAAACUCCUCAACCAUACCACAUAGCGCUCGCUAUUUUGGUGGUGUUGGUGUGGCUGACGAGACCAGGCUCUGGAAGUAACCUGCGGGGGUGGAAAGGGCUCUACGUCGCUGCCGUGGCAACGCAUCUCGGUGCUCAGAUAUGGAUGACGCUAAUUUCUGGGGUUGUGUUAUACUUCUCGCUGCCACGUCACGAGUUCGGUCGCGUCCAGACAGUGCUGUUUCCCGUGUACUACGCCUUCAACGCCGUGGUCAGCCUGCUGGCUCUGCUUGCGUACUUCCGCACGCAAUGUCUUACGCACUUCCAACACACGUCCUGGAUACAGCUAGCACUCCUGCUAGCAGUGUUCAGCAUAGAGGCUUACGUACGCCUGCGCCUGGUGCAGCCGAUGCUGCGCGCCAAGCACGUGAAGACGCAGAUGGAGGAAGCGGCGGGGGGCGGCCAAGAGGUCGGACGCUUAGUGCUGGGCGAGCUAGCUCACUGUCCCCGAUACCUCCGUGUUUUGAAGACGUUCCGCGCCUAUCACUCCACCAUAGCAAUGGGCACUAUGAUAGCUCUAGGCUGCUCGUUUUACUCCACUAUGAUCCUCGUUGACUCCAUGUGCCAUUAG